UUGAAAAGAAAAAUUGUACGUUUGAUAAGAACAACAACUGAUAUUGUGUGAACCGCGCGCUAGUACAUGGAAGAAAAACGACAACCGUUCGCGGGAAGUAAAAUAAAACCUGUUAUUCCAUGAAACUAACCAGAAGUAUUUUAAUCCCAGUAUGAGUAUACAGAGACUACGUUAUACCAAGUUCGAAUACUAUUUUAUUUGGGUAUACUUAAAUCGGUGUAUGAUGUCGAAUGUCGAUUAAAUAUUAUUACGCGCAAAAGUUUGGCAAUUUUCUUUCCUUCUUUCUAUUUUACCUUUUGCUAGACGCCUGUGCCUUUUAUUUUUCUCUUAACGUUUAACUUUUUAAGAACGACUCUGUCGAUCUAUCUACGUGAUAUAUACACGUUUAUUAAGGUGUAUAGUGUGAUAUUCAGUAAGUGUAUCGCACAAUACCUUUUCAGUGACGCCUUCUCUUUGACAACAUAAUAUUUAUUAUAUUAAAUAGUAUAGAAAUGGACGAGAUCACGACGCAAUUAAAAAAAAUGUUGCUAUCGCAAAACACGGUAUUUCAGGAUAAAAGUAUUCAGUUUAUGAUUCGAAGUUUAAAAGAUCCAAAACAGUUCAAUUUAGUUAGCAGGACUUAUUUAGAUGCUGAUAUGAUUCAAUUUUUGUGUGAACCUUUACUUUCAAUUAAUACUCCAUUAAUUCAAAGUAUAUGUAUAUGCAUAUGGAUGUUAUCAAAAAAUGAUACAUUUUACAAGAGAAAUGAUGUAUUAUACACUUGUAAUAGUUUAUUGCGAACACUUGUAUUUUUAAUAAGAACUAGUGAUGCUUUAGUAUCUGAUUUAAUUCAACUAUUGGCAAUAAUUAUUAAAAAGGGAGGAACAAACCUUCAAGAAAUCUGUAAUAUACCACAAGUUUUAACCAUUAUAAAAAUGGUUUUUACUAAUUCACAAAAUUUACCAGCACAUUGUGUUAUUAAUGCUAUUUCUAUACUGACGUAUUUUUUGUCCUGUCCUUCAAUUGAAUUAAGUAAUAAAUUAUACAAUACGAGUAUGUCUAUUUCAAAGGCAAUUUGUAAAAGUGUCACAGGAAAAUGUAUCAUUGACCCUCGUGUGGUUGACAUCGCAUCAAAUCUUUCCAGUAGUUUAUUAAGACUUUAUUCUACCAUAACAAAGAGAGUGUCACUAAAUGAAAAUUUAAAAAAACAUACAGAAACAGCCAAAUUGUUCAAAAAUGUGGCUUGGUAUAUGAUAAAACACAUAAGCUUACCAUUUGUUCAAAAAAAUUUGAAUAUAAAUAUUUAUUAUAAAAGUUAUCGAAAAGCAAUCAAAAAUUUAUUAAGUCCAUUCAGAGAAAGUUUAUCUACUCCUGCUCGUCAAAACAUAUCUAGUCAUUAUGCAGCCUCAAGAAUUAUUAAAAAAGACAAAAAAUAG